CGCGUGUUCCUUCAGUCCGGCGCCAACAGCCCAAACCGAUUCAUAUCCGGACCCUGAAGAAAAUAACAAAAAAAAAACUCUUUUUUCGUUUCACAAAUCAACGUGUUUUGACGAGAAAAAAAAGUUACAAACUUUCUUCGUAUCAGACAUACAGGAUCCGUGUGAAUCGCGUCGGCUGUACGACAAUUUUUCAAAAAAAUCAGUGGCGGUAGACUAUUUAAAAAGACAAAAGUGUUUGUGGUAAUGUGUCAGUGAAAUAGUUUGACAGUCGAUUGAAGACAGAAUGACAAACAGCAUGAAGCAGACUGUUAUAAAAAAUCCGACAUGGUGGAAGAGGAGAUCGGCGUUGGAACGCGGUUUAACCGUGAUUGCAGUUUCCGGGGUGCUUGUGUGCAUCGCCUUAGCCGUUGCACUCGGCGUCCUGGCUGCGAAUACCGCAUCCUGCAGCUCGGCAGCGAGAAACGAACCCGUUAACACAGAGGGAUUACCAUCCACAGCUGAUGCCCUAAAUGGAUAUCAGAGUUCAAAGGACAUUCAGAUAGUGGACCGAGGGCCACCCUGCGACGAAAACGUGUGUUACACACCGGAAUGCAUUCACACCGCCUCUAGGAUAUUGAAGAACAUGGACCCAGAGGUAGAACCGUGCGAUGAUUUCUACGAUUUCGCUUGCGGCGGUUUUCUUAAGUCUACCAACAUUCCUGAUGACAAAACGAGCGUGAAUACGUUUACGGAAAUCAGUGACGAAUUGCAAAAUCAAUUAAGGACCAGCAUCGAGGAGAAGAGUCCACCUAACGAGCCGAAAUCGUUCAGACUUGCGAAGAAUCUAUACAAAGCUUGUAUGAAUAAAACGGUGAUCGAGGAACAGGGUUUGGAUCCACUGAUAAAAAUCUUAGAAAAACUCGGUGGAUGGCCAGUGUUGGAAGGCGAUAAUUGGAACAAGAGUGAAUUCAAUUGGACAGAUUCGGUGUACAGAUUCCGGAAGAUGGGUUACUCGGUCGACUAUUUCAUCGACUUCAGCAUCGGCGUCGAUCUGAAGAACAGCACGCAACGGAUAAUUGAUCUGGACCAAGCAUCCCUUGGGCUGUCUCGUGAAUAUUUGUCAAAGGGUUUCAAUGAUAAAAUCGUGCAAGCUUAUUAUAGCUACAUGGUUGACAUCGCGACAAUUCUUGGCGCUAAUAAAACUACUGCAAAGUCGGAAUUGAAGGAAUCGUUGGAAUUUGAAAUUAAACUUGCCAAUAUUUCAUUACCGAAUGAGAAGCGUCGUAAUGCUACCCUUCUUUACAACCCCAUGACGGUACGAGAAUUAUCGAUGACAUAUUCCAGCGUACCAUGGAAAGAAUAUUUCAACACCCUUUUAGCGCCGAGUGUUGAAGUAACCGAGGAUGAAGUCGUAAUCGUCAGCGUUCCUAGUUACAUAGCUAAUUUAGAGAAACUAUUAGACACUGUCCCGAAAAGGGUGCAAGCGAAUUAUGUAAUGUGGAGAGCGGCUGCUUCGUCGGUGAGCUAUCUUACCGAUGAAAUUCGAAAGAGGCAAUUGCAAUAUUCGACGGCUUUGAGCGGGAAAACGGAAAGGGAACCCAGAUGGAAGGAGUGCAUCGAUACGGUUUCCGGUAGCUUGGCCAUAAGCGUUGGCGCGAUGUACGUUAGAAAGUAUUUCAAGGAAGAUGCGAAGAAGAACGCUUUGGAAAUGGUAGCUGAUAUUAGAGAGGAAUUUACAGAAAUACUGAAAAAGGUCGAUUGGAUGGACGAUGACACAAGAAAGAGUGCCUUGAAGAAGGCAGCUUCUAUGUCCAGUCACAUCGCGUAUCCAGAUGAGUUACUAGACGACAAGAAAUUGGAAGAAUUCUAUGAAAAACUUGAACUAACAACCGAUAACUAUCUUGAGGGUAUUUUGAAUCUCACCCUCUUUGGGGUUGAAUAUUCAUUCAGUAAAUUAAGGAAACCUGUGAACAAGAGCGAUUGGGUUACCCAUGGAAGACCAGCUAUCGUCAAUGCUUUUUAUUCGUCCAUUGAAAACAGUAUCCAAUUCCCUGCUGGUAUCCUACAAGGUGCUUUCUUCAGUAACGAUCGACCGAGGUAUAUGAAUUACGGCGCCAUUGGGUUCGUUAUUGGCCAUGAAAUAACGCAUGGAUUUGAUGACCAAGGCAGACAAUUCGAUAAAGAUGGUAACUUGGUCGAUUGGUGGGCACCGCAAACAAAGGAAAAUUAUCUGGAAAGAGCUGAGUGUAUUAUUCAUCAAUAUGGAAACUACACAGUAGAAGACGUUGGCUUAAACUUAAAUGGCAUCAAUACACAGGGUGAAAAUAUCGCCGACAACGGUGGAAUAAAGGAAGCCUACUUGGCGUACAGGGAAUGGGUGAAACGGAACGAACCAGAACAAAAAUUACCAGGAAUGUCAUUUUCACCUGAACAAUUAUUCUGGAUAAGUGCAGCUAAUACCUGGUGCAGCAAGUACAGACCGGAAGCGAUGAAGCUUCGCAUCACCACCGGAUUCCAUAGUCCUGGUAAAUUCCGUGUUCUGGGACCCCUUUCGAAUAUGGAGGAAUUCUCAAAGGACUUCAAUUGCCCUCUCGGUUCCAAGAUGAACCCAGAGAAAAAGUGCGCCGUUUGGUAAAUGCGAAAAUUGUAGCUGUUUGACGUAUUGAAACUUGUUCUUCGAUACCCCGAAGAAGGACAUACACGACGAAAAAAGAUUCUAUUGAAAAGAACAAUUAUAUUCAAGAAAAAUUCUAUGAAUAAAGUUUGCUGUGUGUAUUUCGGAAUGAUAGUCAUGGAAUUUAUUUGGAAGAAUGAACAGUGAAGGUGUAUUAUUGAUAAUGGAACUGAUGGAAUUUAAUGGAAAGGUGCACGACCAUGAGGAGGAUCUCAGUGAGGUAUUUAAAAGAGUAUCCUCCUUCGUGAAUUGACUUGAAUUACAUGGUACACUUGGGUGCAAGUUAGGUUUCCUUUGGUUAAGGGUGAGUGUAGGGUUCUCUAUUACUUGGGUGAUCCUAGGAGAACUUAGAUCCGAGGAGAAUCUAGAAGAACUUGAGGAGAUCUUAGGUAUAUCCUGGGGAGUUAAGAAGAUCUUAGAAGAGUCUAUGGAGAUCCUAAGUAGAUUUUCGGGAGAUUCUAAAGGAUCAUAGGUAGAUCCUAGGGAGAUGCUGAAGAAAUCGUAGGGAGAUCCUAAAAAAGCCUUCAGAGACCCUAUGCGGUAGAUGCUAAGGAGAUCGUAGAGAGAUCCUAGGUAAACCCUAGGAAGCUGCUAAGGAAAUCCUAGAGAGAUUUUAGAAAAACCUACGGAGUUUUAGGGCACUCUCUCAUCUAUACAGUUCCUCUUAACUAAGGAAAAUCUAAAUUGCACGCGACCAUACCCGAUUAACAUUUUUCGCUAAUAUAAGUCUUUUUUAUAAGAGUGAAGCCAAGAUUUUCGCUGAGUAUUGUAAAUAAAAAGUAGCGAAACACAGGAAGGCGCGUCACGAUGAUUAUAAAUUUUAUACAAUUGCGUUUAGAGGUCGAUUAGGCCUGCGUGUCGUCGAGUGAAGAUGCAGAAAAAUGGAACAAGUUAAACUGUGAUGAUUAUGUAGGAAAUGACAAUAAAUAUUGAAACGGUCUUUCGAUUAAAUCUCCCACGAUGACGCGCGUAGAAAUGAUUUGUUAAUUUUAUUUUCAAACGACAAUUGUUUUAAUUGAUACACAAUAAUAGUUGACACAUGUUUCUUUUUUUGCUAUCUGUAUAAUAUUCGUUAGGCUCCGUUGAGCAGCAUAAGGUUGUUGAUUAGAGUUACCACUUCGAAGUACUUAGGCAAUGUAGUAUUAAUCAUAAUUUUUAAUAUACAGGCGACAAAAACAUAUCCUGUAGUUACUUUUAUACCGUUUUAUUAUUUACAUAUCAUAUAUAAAUAUACGUAUCGCAUAAGCGUUA